AUGAUAUCUUUAUGUGUGUCGGUGCACUGUUGGCGGUCGUUGUGGUAUAUCACCAUCUUUUUGUCUUGUAAAUCAUUCCCUGUGCAUUUGUUAUCUUUUCUUAGUCAUGCUGGCCGCGAUAGCUGCGACUGCGGACUACGUAUACUUGCAGUUACUGGAACCACAUGUUACAGACUCCCUUUACAACUUAUCGACGGCAAAAAUUGGCUCUGAGCUAGUAUUUACCGUUUUCCAUUUAUGCUUUAGAAUUCCACGUUCUUUUACACCAAGCUGGUCCCGACAGUGCCCCCUAGUGCAUGCUCACCAAUUGAAAAUUCGUUAGAGGUGAGCAACAACAUAGCGUUUGCAAUCCGCGGGUAACUCCUUAUUCGCAUGCUUUACCACUGCACAGGGGUUGCAGUUUUGUUACAAAGGCUGUCUACGCCCAAGCAGCUGGUGCUGUCGCCUUUAUAGCAUACGACUAUGUAAAUACGUCGUCUUGGACCUUGAGUAUGAUUCAGGAUGAGACCUCCCGGCAAAUCACAAUACCGUGCGCAUUUAUGCGGGGUCGCUCUGCGUAUGUUUUCCGAAUUGUGUCCUGUAUUUCUAUUCUGUUUUUAUAAAGAGUUAUGUGUCCUCAUUCAAAUUGCGUGUUGUCAUUAUGGCUUCCUAUGUGCUGGCCGACGGUUAACCGUAAGACCUUCCCGUCCCCAGAACUCGUGUAUGUCCCUGGUCUGCAGCCUUAUGCCGCAGUAUCGACUGAUAUGUACUAGGCAAAUCACUAGAGGACCUUUUUAGUUAACUUCCCCUUUGUAUUUAUACUGAGGCCGUUAAUUCGGCGGGUGGUUCCGCACUUUCGUGCGUGCGGCUUUACCGUUUGCGUGUUUUUUUGACAUUCUAUUUGUCUGCCGUGCAUGCACCGCGAAUAACUUCUACUUUUAACAGGAAAAAUGUUUAUUCCGCCUCCAGUCUAGAAAUCCUCACACGACUUGAAGCCUUCGGUUUGAAAUAUGCAGUUGUAAACUUCCCUGUAAACAGUGUUGGGGCGUCCAUUGCCGUCGCUCACCACCGGCCUUGGACUCUGUGGUGA